UUCCUAGCGUAUAAACAAGCCAAAGAAAAUCAGGUUUAGAUGCUGCUACGUAGUCCAGCUCAGUGUUGUAGCUCAGCGUGGCAGCAUAAGUAGCUGAGCUUAGCUGCAGGGAUUCAGACACCAGCGCAGAAGACAGAGGCGAUAGUUGGUUCACACUCUCUGACCACACUUUGAUCUCUGCUGGGUUCCUGACAGAGCUCGCUGCCAACAUGGGGGCGGAUGGCAAGAAGCCGUACGUCAUCGCGGUGAUCAUACAGGUCAUCUACACCGGCAUGUUCGUCGUCUCCAAGGCGGCCUUCAACCAGGGGUUCAGCACCUACGUCUUCAUCUUCUACCGCCAGGCCGCCGCGUCUCUUCUCCUGCUGCCUCUCGCCAUUGCCCUCGAGAGGAAAAACGCGCGGUCAAUGUCGUUCCGGUUGCUCCUGAAGCUGUUCCUCUUUGCCUUAAUCGGAACUACAUUUAGCUUGAAUCUGUACAACGUGAGCCUCAAGUUGACAUCCGCAACCGUGGGCUCUGCAACCAGCAACUCCAUGCCGGUGGUCACCUUCUUCAUAGCGCUUCUGUUGAGGAUGGAAGUGGUGAAGCUGAGGAGCCCGUCAGGCAUGGCCAAGGUGGCCGGCGUCGGGCUGUGCCUCGCCGGGGUGCUCGUCAUCGCCUUCUACGUGGGGCCGUACCUGAACCCGGUGAACCACCACCGCGUCUUGGCUGCCGCGACCGGAGACGCCGGCGCGACGAGGGGGACGUGGAUCAUGGGCACGUUCCUCAUGGUGCUCGCCAACGUGACGUGGUCCCUGUGGAUCGUCCUGCAGGCUGCGCUGCUCAAGGAGUACCCCAACAAGCUGCUCGUCACGGCAACGCAGUGCGUCUUCAGCGCCGGCCAGUGCUUCGUCGUCGCCGCGGUCGCCGAGAGGGACUUCUCCAGGUGGCAGCUCCGCUUCGACGUCACCUUGCUCGCCGUCCUCUACACCGGGUUUGUGGUGACGGGGGUGUCCUACUACCUACAAGCAUGGUGCGCGGACAUGAAAGGGCCGGUCUUCCUCGCCGUGUGGACCCCGCUCUGUUUCGUCCUCACCAUUUUCUGCUCCUCCUUCUUCCUCGGAGAGAUCGUUCACCUCGGCAGUAUCUUGGGCGGAAUCCUUCUCGUUGGAGGUCUGUACAGCGUGCUGUGGGGUAAAAGCAAGGAGAACCGGAUUGCGCCAUGCGGCGAGACGAAUAUGAUCCGUGGCGUGGAGGACGAGAAUUCUGCAGAUGAUGAGGAGAAGAACGAGAAGAGCAACCAAGUUAACGGGGACAGGGAACACGAUAAGGAAGCAACGAUAUCGCCGGCUGAACAAGUCUGAUUUGAUCGAGUAAAUGAGGCUCCAUCUAUCUCAUGCGAUGCAUCGAGCAAAUGUGAAUUCUGAUUAGAUUGGGGAACAAAAAUGGCCCUAAAUGGAUUUAUCACCACUCUUUGGCUAAUUCUUAGUUGCUUAAUUUUUUAACAAAUCCUGAUCACCUCAAAUUGCAUAUUAUGUUACUAAGCCUUACAAUGCAAAGUUUGAAGCCUUCCUCCGUUUCGAAAAAAAAGGUUUGAAGCCUUACACUGUAAUCUUUGAA